AUGGAUACAGACAAUCAACGGAUGGCCGCACAAGAUGAAGUCAUCGCUGAUCUGCGACGCCAAUCUGGGGCAUCUGCAUCUACUGUCCUAGAUCCUCAGGAGAUGUUUUCAACAGCUUCAGCGUACAGACCUUCGGUACAACCUCCUACGGGAACCAUUCCCUUCGAUAUGAAUGAAGUUGAUCCAGCCAUGAUCAAAAUUGCUAGGCUUGAGACAGCCUUGAAGAAAUCCCAGGGUUUCAAUUCAAUUCUCGACAUUGAGGACGGGUACACUGAGGCUUCAGUCAGGUUGCCAGAAAAAUUCAAAAUGUCUUACAUCGAUAGAUUUGAUGGGAGCGGGGAUUCGAUUGUGCAUGUCCGCCUGUUUUCAGAUGUGUUGAGGCCCAUGGGUUUAUCUAGGGCACAAAAACUCUCAUUAUUUGGGAGGACCCUGUCAGAUGUAGCGGCCAUCUGGUACACCAAACUAGAGGACUUAACGAAGCAAAAUUGGAAAGAAUUGUCUGAGGGGUUUGUUAACCAAUACUCAUACAAUACUCAGAUAGAAGUAACAAUCAGUGAGCUGGAAGCAACCACUCAAAACCUCAAAGAACCUUUCAUUGACUUCAUGGCAAGAUGGAGGGCAAAGGCAGCUAGAAUGACGAGCAGACCUUCUGAAAGAGAACAAGUCAGGUUAGUGGUCCAAAACCUCGAGCCAAACAUGUUACAGAGAAUGAUAGUUGCAUCGUUGUCCACAUUUACUUCCUUACAUGAGUUAGGGGUUCAAAUUGAGAGUGCCUUCAAAAAGGGCAUCAUCCAUAGAACAAGCGAACCUGCAAAAAAACCAUUCACUCGGAGUACCAAUGCUAGUACUAGCACUAUUCCGCGACCUGCAAAUGUCAGUACCAUUGCUACAUCAUCGACCAAGAUGGUCGAUCCCUUUGCUACUGCUACAAACUCACAAACCGCACAAAAUAGUCAACCUUGGAACCGAAGAUCUUUUACCCCCUUCAUAUGA